UGUAACUAAAUAUAGUGAAUGUUCUAAGGUAUUUACAUUUAACAGGAAAAGGCAAAAGUGCUAACUUAUAAUAGACUUUCAAAUUAUUCUAAGAAUAUAUGUUGCUUUUUUUCCUCAGCUUGUGGACCCAGGACGAGCAGAGCAGGACAGGCGCUUAGACCCCGGGACUGUAUUCCAACAUGGCCGAAGACAACUGUUCACACAAAAAACUAUCAAAAAAUCAUAGGUGCAGUCCCACAAAAUUCACAAAAGAGCAACUGAAAAUCCUCAUCAACGCCUUCAACCAAAAGACAUACCCUGGCUACCCUUCCAAACAGAAGCUUGCUUUGGACAUCAACACCAAAGAUUCAAGAAUACAAGUUUGGUUCCAGAAUCCAAGAGCACAAUAUCCAUUCCAGAAAAGACCAGAGCUUGAGGAAGCUUUAGACUCAAGCCAAGGCCAUGGAGAAGACUGUCCUCAAGAACAAAUUCAAAAUCUCUUUACUGUACAAACAGAAUCCAGACAGUGUCAUUCCAACUACAGCUCCUCUCGAUCUCACACCCUCAUCAAGGCAUUUUUGAACAACUCUUACCCAGGAAUUGAUUCCAGAGAACAACUUGCCAAAGAAAUCAGAGUUCCUGAGUCAAGAACCCAAAUUUGGUUUCAACGCCAGAGAAAUAGAUUCCUUAUCCAGAGAAAACAAAAGUCUAAUGAGCCCUUAGAGGAAGACCAGGGAGAAGAAGACCGAGAGUGCUUCAAGUCUUUCAAGAAAUCAAGAAAUCUACCUUUUCCCUGA